AUGGCCCUCAACGCCAAUUCCGACCAGCUGCUCUCGUCCGCGAGAGCCGUCUUCUGGACGCAGCACUCCCAUCUCCCGGACUCGAAGCGACAAGAACUCUGGACGCAGCACCUCAGCCAGUUCAUCUGCGGGCCCACCACCGCUCUCCACGACGCCAGACGGAACGCCCUUCGCAGCGGUGGACCCAGCUAUUUGGGAAAACGGCCUGGGGACGACGUUCCUCGCACUCUGCCUCCUGGAUCCCCCCCGACCAAGCGACGAGCUACCACCCCGGACACCCUCUCUCUCUCCCGAUCCGCCUCGGUGCGUUCUCAGCUUGCUCGUCAGCACUCUGCACGCUCUCGGAUAGGUCACUCUGCACGAAAGGCUGGAACCGCUUCUGGCCCGCGAGCAUCUUGGAACCACCCGCCCGCUCUUGCUCCAUCGCCACAAAUCGAGGGACUGGCCGCCGUUCGCUCCCAGGCGACCGCUUCCCCCCUGCAGCAGUCCCAGACCCUCUCGACAGAAUACUGGGACCACGGUUUGGACGGUGCCGCGGCCCCCAUCCACAGCAACCGGGCGUCGGGAUCGUCCAGUAGUCCCAUCGAGGUCGACAUGGACCACUCUCCUGCGGCGGAUGCAUUGGUUCUCGAUUCGCAGCAUCAAGGCCAACUGGCCGUGGGGACGGAGUCGCUGGAGAUGACUCGGAGUCUGACUUCAGACUCGCUGUGCGAAGGAAUGGAUAUGAUCAGGUUCGAUUCGAACAGAUCAUUUCUCGAAAAUCUGGACUUUCCAGAUGCUCAGUUGUCCGCAAAUUUCACUCUGCAGUCAUUUGUCCCUCACAAUGACGCCAACUACUCCCUCCACUCUUCUCCUAUUUCGCACUUUCACUCUCGUAACAUGCAUCAUGUUCAGUUUUCGCAGUCAUUGCCCGAAUCUGGGUCUGGCUUCUUUCGUCAUUCUGUUUCUGCUGCUUUGAAUCGUUCUGCUGCUUCUUCGUCUGAUUCUUCUUCCGAUUCUUGUGGUUCUUCUUCGCCUUCAUCUGCUGAGAUGAAGCCUUCUCUAUCGAGUCAGAGCACCGACUCGGUGGCCUCAAGCGAGACUCGGGCUCGACGGAGGACUCGAGAGCAAAUUGUGCAAGGCACACAGAAGAUCGCACCAAAGCCUGCGAAUGCUCCGCAGUCAAACAAUGUUCUGGAACAUAAAAUGAUCAUCGCGUCGGAAGACGGCACUUCUCGAGAAGUGGCAGCCAUUCCCAAGGCGUCUGUGCAGCGUCCUUCACGACCCAAGACGUACUGUAAAUACUGCAAUGAACAGCCCGACGGCUUUCACGGCGAACAUGAACUCCGACGGCAUGUCGAGCGCGUGCAUGCCGUCGUGCGCAAGGUCUGGGUGUGCGUGGACAUCUCCCCAAACAAGAAAUUCCUUGCCAACUGCAAGGCGUGCCGCAACGGCAAGCGAUAUGGCGCCAACUACAACGCCGCCGCGCACCUGCGCCGCACGCACUUUAACCCGUGCCAACGCGGGCGUGGCGGGCGCGGCAAAGACAGUGAGAAGCGCGGCGGCAAGGGCGGUGGCACCACGCCGUCCAUGGACGUGCUCAAGCACUGGAUGGAACAGCGCGAGGAGAUUGUGGUGGACAACGCGCGGAUCCUGCUCGACAACGACAUCUCGCCCGAGGAGGCGGAGCUUCUCGGCCGCCGACGGAUCUCCGACACCGCCAGCAUCGAACAAAGCGACGGCCAUCAGAGCGCAGACGAGUCGCCUGCCGCUGCACCGGCGACGUAUGACUCGCACUCCUCGACUCCCAUUGACGACGAACCCAGCGAGAUGGCGCAAGACUUUGCGUUUGAGUUUGACGACUGGACCACCAAUUCGCCGCAGCAGUGGGAUGCCGCGGGCACGGGGGCGACGACUGCGGCAUAUGAUGGGUAUGACAGUGCAAUCAUGAAUCCUUUCGAUUCAUCUUUUUAUGAUCCUGCUUCGUUUAUCCAAGCGCAGCCAAUGAGUGCUGAGGUUGGUUCUUAUAUUCCGGUUAUGCUGUAG